AAACAGUGAUUUUUGUUCUUUUGCAUAUUGUUAUGGAAAUAGAAUCUAAAAGUUUAGGUAAUGUGGAAUAGUGCCACUGGACAGAAAUGCAGUUCUUUCUUGUAUACUAAAUGCUCCAUUUUCUUGAGAACUCUCUAACAAAUGUAAAAAAGAUAUAUCCGAUUUUUUAGUUAAUGUGAUUGAUUCUAUAAGGUUUGGCAAAGAUUUAGAAUCAAGUGGUAGACCUAAACGUUCCAAACUCAAAGUUGAACCAGAUUGUACAUAUCGAACCCCUCUUGGAAUGAGAAAUGGAUAUAUAAAUGCUAGCCAACUUACAGCUUCAUCAAUAUGGAGUGGUAAUGAUCAAAAAUUAAUAAAUGAUAAUUACAGACCACAUAUGGGAAGAUUAAAUAAUAAACAGUGUUGGUGUCCAAAGUUUUUUGGGUUAUCAGAAUGGUUUCAGGUUCAAUUUGAAAAAUUAACAACUGUUAAUGGUAUUGCACUUCAAGGUGAUGGAAAUUCUUGGAAUAACUACAUAAAAAAGUUUUCCUUAAAUUAUUCUCUCACAGAAAAUGGUGAUUUUGUUGACGGCCAGAUAUUUGAUGGUGUAAGUAAUAACAAAGAAGUGGUGUACAUAUGGUUUUCAUAUCCUAUUAAUGCUCUACGUAUUAGAAUUUUUCCUCUUGCUCUUGGACCAAAUAAUCACGCAUGUCUUCGAAUUGAGUUAUUUGGUUGUUUAAGUAAUCCUUUAGAAGAAAUUGGAAUGGAAAGUCAAAUAAUUUUAGGCUCACAGAUUUCUAUAAGUUCAAAAUCAAAUGGUGAUAGAUUACAAACACGCAUGUAUUUAGAAUCUGGUAAUUUUUAUUCCAAAAAUAAACAAGAUCUGUAUAUAGAAAUUGAUAUGAAACAUGUGAUGAGUAUUAUUGGUGUGGCAAUAAAAGGUUCUAAUAGCCAUAGCAGUAAUGUUGUUCAAAGUUAUUUGGUUUUUAUUGGUACGAAAGAUAAUUUAGAUAAAGAAUUAGUUGGUGAGUAUCCUGGUAACUCUCAAUUAGGUUACUCUCCUGUAUUGUCAUCUCUGAAUACUACAAAAUUUGGCAGACAUAUUAAAAUUGUUAGUAAAAAUAAAAAUGGUGAUCGCUAUAUGGCUAUUGAAGUUUAUGGAAAGCGUCAAAUUUGUGGUGAUGUAUUUAUUCCAGCAUUUGCUGAAAUGUCUUCAAAAGUUAGCUUUACAAUAAUGGAUGCAUAUAUUGAUAGCCCAUUUUCAUGGUGUGCCUUAUCUAAUGAUAGUAAACCGUAUAUAGUAUUUGAGUUGAAUCAAGUUUUUGCAAUAUCAGGUAUUAAUGUACAAGGUGAUUCUAAUAGUGAUUCAUGGGUAACAAAAUAUCGAGUUUCGUAUGGUGUAGUUAAAUAUAAAAUGGAAGAAGAUAAGAAUGAAUAUACUGGAAGUAAAGGGCGCAUAUUUCCUUAUACUAUUAACUGGUUUCCAAGUUUGUACCUAGCAAAGUAUAUAAAAGUAAUGCUUGAAUCUUGUAACUACAAUUGUUGUAUGCGUGUUCAUGUUAGAGGGUGCACAAAACCUUUAGAUGCUCCUGCACCAUUAGUUAUAAGUGAUAAAAUCAAAAAGUUAGUAUUAAGUUGGAAAAAACCAGAUUCUCCAGUUCCAAUUCUAAAAUAUAAAAUAAAUGUCCAAUCACUAAAGCCAUACAACAGCUCAUUCUUUUUUUUCAAUACAAUGGAAACAAUUAUUACAAACAUUACCAUUGAAGUUGACUUUCAUGCAGCCAUCUUUAACAUAUCUGUAGAUGCUGUAUAUGAUGAAGACUAUUCUGUUAAAGGAAAAACUAAACAGCAUUAUUCCGAUCCAAUUUCACCUCCAACACCAACUUUUGAAGUGUUAAAAUACUUUGAUAACUACACUGAAGUAUUUGAAUGUCAGUUUUAUAGUGUAUCUGAUAUCAAUGGACCUGUCAGCUUCUAUGAGAUAAUUAUUGCAUAUGAGAACAUAUCUUCACUGAAUAUGGAAACAUUGACUUUAAAAGAUCAAUUCACUGCUGAAUCACUAAACCUUUCUUAUUUUUUGGCUGCAACAUUUCCUUCAGAUAACUUCGCUUCCAGCUCUUUAAAAUUUUAUGAAGGUUUAGAAACAGUGGAGAAUUUAAAUGCUAGGCUGCCUACACUUAGAAAAUUGUUUCUUUAUAUUCGUGCUGUCAUUAACAUGAAGAAUAACUUUUUUAGCAACUUAACAUAUUAUAGUAAUGCCGUAAAGUUGACUAUAGAUCGCAAAACAAUACCUAUAAAUAUUUUAAAAUGGGAUAAACGUCAUGGUCAUAUCGUUGCUUUAGUAAAAGGACCUUCAAAUACAAAGACUUAUGAAGUUGUUGCAAUGAAAAUUAACAUGAGUACAAUCAUAAAAAAUGCUACAUCCACUUAUAAAGACUUUAAAGUUUAUGAAACUGCAGGCUAUAAUGAACCUUACCUUGCUGCUUCAUUUAAUGCUUCUAUGUAUGAAAAGUACAGUAGUUUUGUUUUAGGCAACAAUGAAAUAUUUUCAACCAAUAGUUUAACCAAAGAGUUUCAAGAUAAUCAAACAUAUGUAAAUGGUAAACUGGUAGCUGGUCAAACAUACACCUUGUUUCAAAGAAUUAUUCUUGAUGAUAAUCUAACACUCACUAGUCCAUGGUUUCCUGAGUUUACUGCUUCUACCAUUGAUUCAUCUCCUCUUGUUGGAAAAAUGAAGGCUUCAAAUUAUUCAUAUCUUUUUGCAUUGGUUGCCAUACCGGUUUUUGUAGUGCUUCUGAUAGCAUUUUUGAUUAAGAGAAGAAAAAAAGUUGAUAAAGAUAGUUUGAUGACGUCUAAAGAAAUGGAUAAUAUUAGUAAUCAAAAAUCAUUUCAAAUCCAAGAUUUUGCUCCGAAGGAGACAGAAUGUUAUGGUAAUUUAAAUACUAUUCAGAAAUGGCCACCGGUAACAGUGAAGGAGUUUAUUAAUUUUUACUUGGAUGUCAAAAAAAAAGAUUGCACAGAACUUAUUGCACAGUUUGAGAGUGUUCCUGCAAACAAAAUAUAUACUCACGUUGAGGCUUCAAAAUACCCAAAAAAAAAUAGAUAUGCAAACAUUUUACCAUAUGAUCACUCACUGGUCAAACUUGUUCCUGAUUUUUCUAAUAAUGAAAACACUUAUAUUAAUGCCAAUUAUAUACACUCUUAUUCUAAAAAAUUGACGCACAUUGCAACCCAGGCUCCUAAUAAUAAGACUAUUGUUGAUUUCUGGCGAAUGAUAUUUCAUGAAAAGCCUAAAGCUAUUGUAAUGCUUACUAAUCUAGUUGAAAAUGGUAAAACAAAAUGUUCUCAAUAUUGGCCAGAAAGUAAUGAAGAAUAUGGUGGUAUUAAUGUUUGUGUUACGAAAACAGAAAACUUUGCUGAUUAUAUUAUUCGUUAUAUUUCUUUAGAUUUUAAGGAAAUGAAUCAUCAUUUUAUUCAUAUGCAGUUUACAUCAUGGCCUGAUUAUGGUUGUCCUGAAUACCCAACAAUGUUAUUAAACUUUUGUCAUCGAUUUCGAUGUUUAGUGCCAUUUACUGAUAAAUCUCUAAUUGUUGUGCAUUGCAGUGCUGGAGUUGGUCGCACAGGUACUUUUAUUAUAGUCGAUGAAAUGUUGCGGUUAAUCAAAACAGAACAAAAAGUUGAUAUUUUCAAUUACUUUGAAGCUAUUCGCCAAGACAGAAUGCAAAUGAUCCAAUCAAAAGAGCAAUACAUAUUUGUUUAUGAUGCAAUUUAUGAAGCAGUAACAUGUGGUCAAACUGGUAUUUCUAUAUCAAAUUUUCCAACUACUCUUAACAAACUACUUGAAAAAGAUUCUUCCACAGGAAAAUUACUUAUUGAGGAAGAGUUAAAAACUCUUAAAAGUAUUUCUCCAGUUCAAGAAAAUUGUUGUUUUAAAACAGCUUUGCUGAAUGAAAAUAUGCAAAAAAAUAGAUAUCCUCAGAUUUUACCACGAGAGGAUGCAUUGGUUUCUAGUGAACCAUACCUUAAUGCUGUGUUUGUUGAUGGUUAUAAAAGAAAGAAAGCAUUUAUUGCAACUCAAUGUCCACUUGAAACCACUGUCACAGAUUUUUGGGAUGUUUUAAAGAAACUUAAUGUAUCAACUAUAGUAUACCUUACCUCUCAUUGCGAACAAAAAGAAAAAUCUUAUUAUAAAUUUUAUCCAUCAGAUUGUGCUUUAAAACUUAAUGGUAUCACUGUAAAAUUGACUGCUGAAGAGAAGUUGGAAUCCAUAAUAAAAAGAAGUUUGAGUGUUUCUACUGAGACCGAAACUAUCAUGUGCAUGUUAGAGUUUAGCUUAUGGUCGGAGAACUGUUUACCAAGUUUUAAUCUAAUUUUACAGUUGAUUAGUGAAGUGACAAAAUCACAACAAUGUCUUGGAAAUGAUAUCAUUGCUGUUGUUUGCAACAACGGUGUCAGUCGCUCCGGUACUUUUAUUUCAUGCAUCAAUGCAGUAGAACAGUCUCAAAUAGAAGAACUCGUUGAUGUAUUUCAAGUUGUUCGAAGAGCUCAAUUAGCCCAACCUCUGUUUGUUCAAACUCUGCUUCAAUAUGAAUUUGUUUAUAAAUUGGUGAAACAUUAUUUGGAGACUUUUUCUACUUACUCAAAUUUUAAAUAAAUUCAAA